AUGGGAUGCGUUAGUUCCAAAUCAGAAAAACAAAGUCGUUUAAAUUGUGUAGGCCUUAAAAGACGGCGCAGCAAAGAUCGCAAGAAUGCGUAUAACACUAUAACCAUUAAAAAUGAUAACAAAGUAGAAACAGAUAAAGUGCAACAACAGACAGGUGAGUCAUCCAAAAUAAAGCACUAUGUGUGUCAGCAUUCUGGUUGUAAUAAUCGAUGCGAUGGUAACUGUCUUGAUAGUGAUGAUGCUCGUGAUCUUCUUUAUUAUUUUCGUUAUCUUCAUCUUCGUGCUCGUCUUGAUCCUCGUCGUCUUGAUCCUCGUCGUCUUCGUUAUCGUCGUCGUCUUCGUGAACUUGAUCGUGAAUUUGAUCGUGAUCAUAAUGGUCUUGGUCGUGAUUAUGGUUUUUGUCGUAUUUGUGGUCGUUUUGAUGGUGAUGAUGAUGGUGAUGGUGGUGAUGGUAUCUAUCGUUAUGAUCUUUAUGAUCUUUAUGAUCGUAAUGAUCGUAGUACAUGCGAGAAAUGUGGCCGUGAUAGUAGUGAUAUUGGUAGUGGUGGUAGUAGCGUUAAGGAUAUUGAUAUUCUUGAUGCUGUAUUUGGUCGUCUUCUUAGAUGUAAACAAUGCAAUCAUGUUUAUUGUCAUGACUGUUGCUUUAAGGAUAACUGAUGUUACUUCAUUACCGCUAACUUUUCUUUUUUUCUUUUCCUGUCCUUAUAUAUAUAUAUAUAUAUAUAUCUUUUUUUCCUUUUCUUUCUCUCUCUAUGAU